UCCAUGUACGAAUUGGGAACGGAGCAGAUCAACUGCAACGGCAGAGUCAUUGAAUUGCCCAGCUUGGAGGUGGUGCGUCCAGCCCCCAAAAUGCCCAGCGAUGCCAACAUUGAUUGGCUGCUCCACAUUUAUUUUACUCGCCGCGAGUUCACGCGCUGCCGCCGUCUCAUCGAACGUGAGCUGAAUCGCCAUCUGAAUCCCGAGUACCUGUACUUUGUCCAGGGCCUAAUUGACCGCGAAGAGGGCAAUAACAUCGAGGCGCUGCGGCACUUGCAAAAAUCGGUGGAGCUCAACCCGAGGAAUAUCGAAACUUACAAGGAAAUCGGCCGUACGCUCUAUAUGAUGGGCCGCUUUAGUCAGGCCCUUGGAGUUUUCCGCGAGGCGGAGCAGCGCAGUGGUCGGCAGGACCACGAGAUAUAUCACUAUCUGGGCGAACUACUCUAUCGAGCAGCCACAACCCAGGCCAAAAAGGACAUGGCCAGCCAACAGCAGGAGGAAGCCCGCGGGUACUUCGAACUAGCAGUGCAAUCCGGUCGGAAACUGGAGAGCUACGUCCGUUUGGCGGAAUUGUAUCGCAAGGACAAACAGUACCAGAAAGCCAUCGAUAUAUUGGAAACUUGCCUGCACCUGACACCCGAGAACUCGGAGGUGCUGAUUGAAAUCAGCGUUUUGUACCUCAAAAUCAAUGAGACGCAAAAGGCACACGAUCGUCUGGCGGAAGUCGUCAGCAUCGAAAAGAAAUGCUCGCCCAAAGGACUUUUGGCCUUCGGCGCCAUUUUGCAGUCUCGCAACGAUGUGGAUGGCGCCCUCAGCAAAUACAGCCAAAUCGCAAACGCUGAGCCGGAAAUUGCCGAGCUGUGGAACAACAUUGGAUUGUGCUUCUUCAAGAAGCAAAAGUUCAUUGUGGCCAUUUCAUCGCUGCGCAAAUCCGUUUGGCUCUCGCCGCUUAAUUACAAUGCCCUGUACAACCUGAGUUUAAUUUACAUUGCCUCUGAACAAUACGCCAGUGCCUUUCACACGCUGGCCGCAGCCAUAAACCUGCGCAAGGAUAAUGCCGAGUGCUACAUGCUCCUGGGCCUGUGUUUGCGUAAGCUGGACGAUGUGGAGAACGCGUUCGUGGCCCUCGAAAGGGCCAGUGCGAUGGCCACUGGCCAACAGGGCGGCGGAGGAGGUCGCAAUCCUUUGGUGGUGUUAAACUUUGCCCUCUUUUGCUACGAAACCGGACGCCUGGCUUUGGCCACCGAGCAGUACAACCGAUUCAUGAGCCAGGCCCAGGAUCUGCUGCUGCCCACGGAAUACAAAUUCCAAGCCACCAAGCUGAAAUCCCUGCUGCGAAUCUCGAAUCAGGGCAAUGGCAUCCUGCUCGACUCCGCGGACUUGGAGGAUUCCGAUGUGGGACAAAAUCGAACCGGGGAACUGCUGCCGGAUGAACUGCCACUGGAGGUGAAUGCCGUAGUUAGUCAGAAUUAAAUGUUAAUUAGCGUUAAUUGAAAGCAAUAAACAUGUGUCUUUUAUGUAACUCACAUCAAACAUUUAUUUGAAAGUGUUCACAUUUAUUUAGAAAUAGUUUAAGCA